AGUCACUGUUGCUGCAAAUCCUCUCUGGUCAAACAGAAGACAACUGCUCUGUGUUCUCUGUGGCACCAUCAGAGCCACCCUGUUCAGCAUGCCCAUGACCUACACACUGGGACAAGUGAAAAGCCCCCAGUUAUAACAGUAUUGGAGAGGCAACCACACAUAUUGUGUUUCCUGUGAGAGGGAAUGAGGCACGGUGGCUGACAGCGGUCGAGCGACAGAGCUGCGAAGAGAUCGACCAGAAGUGGACAGUUAGACAUGGGGAUCGCAAAGAGCACGGCUAAGGGCCACCAGCAAACUGUGGCCGACGCCGACGUUCAGCUGAAAGCAAGCGAUGAUGACAUGCUGAUAGUCCUCACAGACUACCCCUCCCCAGACAUAAGUGAGCCAAUCUUCAGGAUGGGGGAAAGACUCAAAGGCCUCGGAGAAGAAGGUUCCUGGUGGAAAGUCCGGUCCCUCAAAACAGGCCAUGACAACUACAUUCCAUGCAUCCACGUUGCAAAGAUUUACCAUGGAUGGCUGUUUGAGGGUGUGGUGAGGCAAAAGGCAGAGGAGCUCCUGCGGAUGCCUGGAAAUGUAGUCGGCUCUUUUAUGGUCCGAGAGAGUCCCAAAGAGAGAGGGGUCUACUCAUUGUCCGUGAAGCACAGAGCCAUCAAGCACUAUAAAAUUUUCCGCAUGGCCAACAGCUGGUACUACAUCUCCCCGCGCCUCACCUUCCCAAGCCUGGAGGACAUGGUCAACCACUACUCGGAUGCAGCGGACGGCCUGUGUUCCGUUCUGACUGCUCCCUGUCUGGCGUUUACAGCCAACGCCCCGAGCACCGUCCCCCAGCACCCACCUGUGGUCAUGCGCCACAACUUUGACUGGAAGAACGUGGACAGGUCCCAGCUUCUCAACGCCAACUCUGCAGACAACCAGCACGCCAGGGACAUGGUCAGUUUUGGCGUGAGGAAUAGCAUAGCCUCUUACCUGUCCCUGGCCGAGACGACAGACAGCAGCAGGACCAGCAACCGUAAAAAAAAGAGUAAAUCUAUCUACUUGAUGACAGAUACCAGCAACACACUCUACGAGGAGGAUUAUGAUUAAGGCCUUGGGGAGAGGGGGAGGAGGACUUUGGAUGGUCUUGGGAUUUUUUUUGUACCCAAGUGGAACAGACAUUGCUAAAUCUUGGACUCGUCCAGUUAAACACACUUGACAUAUUCUCGUCCUUAAAGAAAGAGUGGAAGAGUAACGUGGGGAUGAGGCCACUAUAUGUGUCCACUGUGAGGAUAGUCAGUGAGGAGAAGACUGAAUGCUUUCCUUGGCAGGGUGAUUGCCUUUUAAACAAACUUGCUGUGUGUGAGAGAGUGUGUGUGUGUGUGUGUGUGUGUGUGUGUGUGUGUGUGUGUGUGUGUGUGUGUGUGUGAGAGUGUGUGUGUGUGAGAGAGUGUGUGUGUGUGUGUGUGUGUGUGUGUGUGUGUGUGUGUGUGUGUGUGUGUGUGUGUGUGUGUGUGUAUAUGUCUGUGUGUGUGUGUACUGUAUGUACAAGUCUUUUUUUGGCGGAUGUGAGUGAGUAUUUCCCAAGAUUAUCUCCAUACAUUCUCAGUCACGGUCAGCUAUUUUGGCAAUACCACAGACAUCCUCACGUAUCCAUAGUUAGCUUGUUAACAUCUCAAGAAAAAAAACAAAAAAACAACCACCACUGUCUCUAACUCCACAGCCUUUUUUGGUCACAUCCCUCAGGCUUCGGGGCAUUUUGACUCAAUUUGCACAACUGGGAGAGAUCUUCAGUAGUGUUGUUUUCAAUAGCCGGGGGGGUUCGAGUCGUCCUUUUUGCGAUCACAAACUCCACACAGCGCUGGUGCCAAACCAAGAAAAGAAGACCCCGGCGUUCUUUGCUCCACACAAACAUCCGUGCAAACACGGAGCCGGAGCAGAACACGCAGCCAGCAUGGCGAGCAGCCGCCGACUCCUUUGUUUAACGCCGUUGUGAUGGAAUAGGCUUCAGAGCCGCUAAAUCUUUAUGGCUGCCAUCUGCGCCACUGAUUAAAGGCAUUUAUUGGGGAUUAGUGUUGCACACUGAUGCAACUCACUAGACUGCUCCGUGCCACUUAAAUGGCUUCCGAGACGCCUGCUGAUAGGAAUGCAGAUGUUUUGCAGAUUGCUGUUCUUGAUUGCUGUCCUAAACUGCUCGUAACAAAACCUGUAACUUUUUUUUUGUCCCACUCUUCACUGCAAAUGAAAAGUGUGUGUGUGUGUGUCUGUGUGUGUCUGUGUGUGUGUGUGUGUGUGUGUGUGUGUGUGUGUGUGUGUGUGUGUGUGUGUGUGUAUGUGUAUGUGUAUGUGUGUGUGUGUGUGUGUGUGUGUGUGUGUGUGUGUGUGUGCGCGUGUGUGGAUUGCGGAGACAUGAGCGUGGUUUGUUGAUGAUGUUUCCCCCUGAGAGACAUGGCAAGCAAGCACAAGCUUUAAUAAAUCGGACUUCCUGUGAACUGUU